CAAGUAAUCUAGGAGUCAUCUCUGUAACUAGCUUUACUGUUUACUAGUAACCAAGGAACAGGUGCUGGCAUAGAGCUAUAUGGCAUAGCAGUGUGUAGUUUGCGCGAAACUGUGUUUUUCUGUGGAGUGAACGUUUAGUUGGAGGAACCAGGAACCAAGAAGAAGAGGAAGAAGAAGAGCACAACUGACGGCGUGAUGUAAACAAAACGUAUUUUGACGUCUCUUAAUAAUUUCACAGGGUUUAGAAGUGCAAAUAUUUUGUUAUAUAUCAUAAGAAGUACAUAGGCAUCAUGGCAAGUAAACCACAGAAAAUGCCCAAAGUGGCAAAGGUAAAAGACAAGUCUCCAGCAGAGCUCCAAAUCACAGCUGAACAGCUGCUUAGAGAUGCCAAAGAAAGAGAGCUUGAGAUUGUCCCACCUCCCCCAAGACAGAAGAUCUCUGACCCAGAAGAACUCCAGGAAUAUCGUUUGAAGAAAAGAAGAGCAUUUGAGGACAAUAUUAGAAAGAAUAGAGGGAACAUUUCAAAUUGGAUUAAAUAUGCUAAGUGGGAAGAGGAACAAAGGGAAAUUCGCAGAGCCAGGUCUGUGUAUGAGAGAGCCUUAGAUGUUGAUCAUCGAAAUAUAACAUUAUGGUUGAAAUAUGCUGAAAUGGAAAUGCGUUGUCGACAGGUUAACCAUUCACGUAACGUAUGGGAUCGAGCUGUUACCAUAUUACCUCGGGCCAACCAAUUCUGGUAUAAGUACACAUAUAUGGAAGAAAUGUUGAAGAACAUCCCAGGAUGUAGAAUGGUCUUUGAGCGUUGGAUGGAAUGGGAACCAGAUGAGCAAGCUUGGCUAACUUACAUCAAGUUUGAACUUCGAUACAAGGAACUUGACAGAGCCAGACAAAUCUAUGAAAGAUUUGUUUAUGUGCAUCCAGAACCAAAGUACUGGAUAAAAUAUGCUCGGUUUGAGGAAAACCACGGUUACAUUCAAAGUGCUCGACGGGUGUAUGAACGUGCCAUUGAAUUCUAUGGCGAUGACCAUUUUGAUGAAAAUCUCUUCAUCGCUUUUGCCAAGUUUGAAGAAGGACAGAAGGAGCAUGACCGUGCAAGGGCUAUAUAUCGAUACGCUCUGGAUCACAUGCCAAAAGAGAAAUGUCUUACACUGUACAAUGAAUACACAAGACACGAAAAGAAAUAUGGUGAUAAGUCGUCUAUUGAUGAUGUGAUAACAAGCAAGCGGAAGUUCCAGUAUGAAGAGGCAGUGAAAGAAAAUCCAAAUGAUUACGACACCUGGUUUGAUUAUGUACGAAUGCUGGAAGCUGAUGGUAAUGUGGACCUCGUUCGUGAAAUAUAUGAAAGAGCCAUUUCAUGUGUACCUCCUCUGAAAGAGAAGCGUUACUGGCGGAGGUACAUUUACCUUUGGAUUUAUUAUGCAGUCUUUGAAGAGCUAACGACAAAAGAUAUGGAGAGAGCUAGACAAGUGUACCAAAUGUGCAUCCGUGUUAUCCCUCACAAAAUCUUUACAUUUGCUGAAAUUUGGCUGCUGUAUGGAAAGUUUGAAAUUCGUCAGAAAGAUUUGAGCACAGCCAGAAAAUAUUUGGGUCAGGCUCUUGGAAUGUGUCCUAAGCACAAACUCUUUCGAGGUUAUAUUGACCUAGAAAUAAAACUGCGAGAGUUUGACAGGUGCCGAAAAUUAUAUGAAAAGUGGGCUGAAUUUGAUCCAGAGAACUGCAAAAUGUGGAUCCAGUUUGCAACCUUAGAAGCGAUGUUAAACGAUGAAGCAAGAGCUCGUGGCAUUUAUGAAUUAGCAAUCGCACAGCCUCGAUUAGACAUGCCUGAAUACAUGUGGAAGUCAUACAUUGAUUAUGAAGUUGAACAGGAAGAAUGGGACAGAGUAAGAGGUCUGUAUGAACGACUUCUUGAACGUACACAUCAUGUGAAAGUUUGGAUUAGUUAUGCUAAAUGUGAGCAUUCUAUGCCUGCAGAGGAUAACAUUCAGCGUACACGGGCCGUGUUUACAAGAGCCAACCGUGCUUUACGAACCUGUCAAGAAAAAGAGCAAAGACUGAUGCUUUUAGAAGCUUGGAAAGACUUUGAGGAUGAAUUUGGUGAUAAAGAGAGUGAAAGCAAAGUUAAACAGCUGAUGCCAAGGAAGGUGACCCGCAGACGACAGGUCACAACAGAAGAUGGGUCACAAAGCCGUUGGGAGGAAUUUGUAGAUUAUAUUUUCCCAGAUGAUGAAGCUGCCAAACCAUCUCUCCUUCUUUUAGCUAAAGCUAAAGAAUGGGCUAAGAAACAACAGGUGGAAAAAGAUAAUGAUGAAACUCAAGAUGUUAAAGGCGACAAAGAAGGUUAUGAAGAAACUGCUCCACUUGACCCAAAUAUUGACCGUGAUGACAGUGAGGUAGAAAUUGGAACAACAAGCAGUGAAUCCUCUAGUGAAAGUGAUGAGAAAGGGAAGGAUGCAAGAAAAGAGAAAACACAUAAAAGAAAGUCAAGGGGAAAUCUUGGGAGAGAUGAAAGAAUGCAAAGAGCACAAAGAAGAGAAAGUUCUGAUACAUCUAGCAGCAGUAGCAGUGACGAAGACAAUGAAAAAGUUGCUAAAGAAAGGAAAAAGCAGCCCGUAAGAAGAAAGGAUAAAGGGAAAAGUUAUUCCUCCGAUAGUGACAAAGAAAGGCAAGGGAGAAGAUCUUCAGAUAGCAGUGACAGCAGUGACAGUGAUGAUGAUGAAAGAAAAAAAAGAAAGAGGUCAAGUAGUGAGAGUGACAGUAGCAGUGACGAUAGAGCAAGUAGUAACCACAAGAAACGGUCACGUAGUAGGGAAAGCAGUAGAAAUCGUGAUAAAGCUUCAAAAGGGAAAAGGUCAUCUAGUGAUAGUGAUAGUUGAUAAAAGGGGCAUAAUAGAAUUUAAAAAGCACUGAUAUAUGGUGAACUUUUAAUUUUACUGUGUUUUAACAAAUGUUUGUACAAUAUUGAAUGGUAAUUCUCUCUCUCUCUCUCUCUCUCUCUCUCUCUCUCUCUCUCUCUCCUCUCUCUCUCUCUCUCUCUCUCUCUCUCUCUCAUGUCAGUAAUGAUAUACCUUCAAUAGGCAUUGCUCUUUCCACUGGUACCAGAGCCCAUAAGCAGAGAAACAGGGUUUUGUGAAACACUUGACGCAUAUUUAUUUUUGAAUGCCAUAAUGAAUUUGAGUGUAUAGAUAGAUGUGCAGCAAAUAUACUAGACAUUGGAGGUAUCAUUGAUGUUCAUGAACAAAUACAGCAUGAUAAGUAUCCUGUCAUAAAACUCAGCAGAAUGUUCACUGUAAAUCUAUGAAUCAACUUUACCAAGGACUGUAGGGAUGUAUCCAUUUGCUCAUAUUAAUAUUAUUAUUAUUAUAUUAUUAUUAUUAAACUUUUGCCUAGGACUGUAGGUGUGGUUGUAUUAUUAUUAUCAUUUUUUUUUUAUCUCAGUCAUCGUAUUUUACUCUGUGGUUUUUAUAGUGUGGGGUUCCAGGUUGCAUCCUACCUCCUUAGGAGUCCAUCACUUUUCUCACUGUGUACGCUGUUUCUAAUAGCACACUCUUCUGCUUGAAUCCUCGAGCUACUUCAGCCUGUAGUUUUUCCAGGUUCCUUUUCAGGGAUCUGGGGAUUGUGCCUAGUGCUCUAUGAUUAUGGAUACAGUUUCCAUUGGCAUAUCCCUGAAAAGGAAAAUUGGCAUAUCCCAUAUCCUUCUUAUUUCUAUUUUCAGGUCUUGAUACUUAUUAAUUUUUUCUCUUUCUUUCUCAUCUACUCUUGUGUCCCAUAGUAUUGCGACAUCAAUAAGCAAUCCUUUCUUCUUGAUUUUGUCAAUCAGCAUCACAUCUGGUCUAUUGGCAAGUACCACCCUAUCUGUUCUGAUACCAUAGUCCUAGAGGAUCUUUGCCCGAUUGUUUUCUAUUACUCCCUCAGGUUGGUGUUCAUACCACUUACUACUGCAAACUAGUUAUUAUUAUUAUUAUUAUUAUUAUUAUUAUUAUUAUUAUUAUUAUUAUUAUAUAGCUGUCUUAUGGAGUCCUGGGGGGUCGCCUAUGAGAAUGUAACUCCUCCGAAGACUCACAGUGGGUACUGUAUAUAGGUUUUUCCUACUUCAAAACCUGUUUUAUCAUUAUUAUUUGGGAAAGGCUAUUCCUUAGCAGAUUUCAUUAUACAGUUUUACUACAAUGCGCAUGUUCUUUAUUAUAAGAAAUUUUUUGUUUCUUAUAGUUUGAUUCUUCUCAUUGGGAGUAAAUGCAAUAAACUCAUCGGGUCUUCCAAAUUAUUGUUAGCUUAGGGUAAUGUUGUUUGGUUGCAUUUCAUUGUAGCAGCAUAAGUGCAUUUUUAGGGACCUUAACUGCAUAUUCCUUAUACAUUGCAACAUUACAUUGGAAAAAUAGAUAUAUCCUGUGUGCAGUGUGAAACUUACAACCUCUCUGCAUACUGAGCAAUGGCAAUGUAGUGAACUGGAGUGCUAUUUGUGUAAUUUGAAAGUUACAAGCUCAAAUUUAAGCCACAUAACCAAAAUUGUUGUUGGUUUUACAAUACAGUGAAGGCUAGUAGUUUUGCUAUAUUUGGUAUAUUACCUGGUUAUCGAGGAAAUUAAAACUAUCAAAAUUAAGAAUAUGUACAGUACACGAAAAUAGAAAAGGACUCAUUUACAGUAUAAUAUGAUGAUGUGAAGUUGACAAAAAACUGUUUUUUUUUCCAAAUUGAGUGAGCAGUCACUGUUAAAUUUUGAAUUGGGAAUUGCAGAGAUACUUAACAUAUCGUAUGUAGUUCGAUGAUUGUGCAUAUCAUUGUGAUGAGAGAGUUUAUUCAUUCUGUUCUAGUGUUCUGUAAAUAACUGUAGACUUUUCUUUGUAAUUCUGUGGAAGAUUCUUUACAUCUAGUUUAUUAAGUGGUAACUGUUUUAUAAGAAUAUAAUAAGAAUUUACGAUAGACACUGAUUGUGCAAGGAAGCAAUUAAAAAAAGUAGAAUUAUGCUUAUAAUUUUUUCUUCCCCCAAGGGUUUUUACAUUAAUGCUGCAAUCUGUUACUGAGAAAAUAUUGAUGACAGUAAGAUAUUGGUUGUAAUCUGAAUAAGUCUUCAUAACCUUCGGUCUUUUAAUGGAAUUUUGUAAGAUGGUAAGUGAUAACUAAAAUACUAUACUAUAUGUCAUCACUUACCAACAACUAUUUCAUAAGAUAUGUACGUUUUUUAGCAACACACAUCUCAGAUUUCAUAGCCCCACCAUCACGGCUGUAAAAAGGAUUAAUACACAGUGAUAUAAUAAAAAGACUCGUCCUAAUAACUAACAUACAUUUAAAAUUCAUAGAAAACCUACUACAAUGCUAAGAAAAUUACCAUCUCUAGUGAAAGGAAGAAGACGAGUGACCAGAAGAAGAAGGAAAGGUUCCAAGUAAACAUAGUUAUGCCAGGUAAAGAGGGGUAGCAUUAGUUUUAUUGUUUAAUUUUGGAACUAUUGUUUUUAUGGAAAGCGAUUUGAAGACAGCAAGCUCUUGAGGAGAAGAAGCCCGUUUAAUUAUUUUGAAGUGUUUGUAUUCUAUAUUGAAUUUGCAUUUUUUUUAAUGUUCUCUAAUGUUCGAGAAUUCUGGUGAAGACAACCGGACACCUGUUCCAUAACUCACCCCCCUGUGGCAAUCAAUGCGGACUUUAAGAAGCCUACGUGAGGCCCUGACAUAAUUUCCCAAACUACAUUUGGGACACGAAAAUAAAUAGAUGGCAUUGGAAGUCAGAAGUGGGCUCAGCUUUUCUUUAUAUCUAAAUAAAGACCCAAUAGUUAAUGGGUUUCUUACGAUAAGUUGUCUUUUUUAUGGCCGGACAGUGUUCACGUACUAAACGUUUAACUUUGGUAUAAAACAUUGUAUCACUGAUAAACAGGACACUAGCAAAGAAAGGCAAUCUAGGAGCAGUUGGUCUGUUAUUUUUCUCUAUUAAUUUAUUUUUUAAAAACUUGGUUAGGUAUUUGAAGAAAACCUUAGCUGGAUAGCAGUUAUCGGUGAAGUAAUGUUGUAAAACAGUAAUCUCAUUGUGAAAUUCAGACCAGCCAGAGGAGAGAGAAUAUGCCCUGUGGAAGAGGGUAUGUAAAGCGUUUACUUUAAAGUUAAAACUACAAAAGCUGUAAACAUUUGUCCCUAGUCCAGUAAAAGUCUUUUUCUAAAAAUUAUUAUUUUCAUAAUCAAUUGUAAACUUGAUAUUAGGGUGGGCUGAAUUGGCAAAUUCUAAGAAGGAAUCAGCCCUGUCUCUGUCUCAAAAAAGAAUAAAUGUAUCAUCAACGUAAUGGCAGUAAAAGAGAGGAUGAUUAGCUAGAGGGCAAUUGUCCAACUGCUCCUCCAGUUCACACAUAAAAUUAUUUGCAAAGAUGUGGCCUAAAGGACUGCCCAUUGCCAUACCAUCACUUUGUACAUAGGACUUCCCAUUAAAAAUAAAGGCGGUGUCCUGCACUGCCAAAGUUAGAAAUUAGAAGCUUCUUAAAAUUGUUAUAAUUAAAACCAUGAAACAGAACAUCAUUAUUAGUAAAAAUCUUGUUUAAAAUAAUUUGAAUUGUUUCUUCCACAGGGAUAUUGGUGAACAAAGACUCUACAUCAAGGCUAACCAUAAAAAGAUCCGAAUCUUGAGACAAUAUUCUUUCUUUAAAUUGUUCAGCGUUUUUAAUGGUAUAAUUAUUAUGAGAGAAUUCUGUUAAUAGCGGUACUAAAUAUUUAGCCAACUUGUAAUUAGGGGCGUCAUAAGAUGGUAGAAUCGGUCUUAAAGGAACACCUUCCUUGUGUACCUUACUUAGGAAGGCCAUACUUUCAAAUUUCUGCCAGCGUCUGGCGGGUUGAUGAAGUCGCACAAAGCUGUAAGCGGUGUAGUGCGGCCCCACAACAAAAGAGGUAAGAACCCGCACGGUGCCAUGCCACACCGCACCACACCCCACGUGGUGUGAUGUGGUGCGACGUCAUACCACCGGCGAGGGAGUGUUAUGUUACGGUGCUGUGCGGUGCCCCUGAGGUGCCCUUACGGCGCCUUCAUACAUGAUUAAUAAAUGGCACACACAUGUUGUGGGGCGUGUGGCGUACU